AUGGACAACCAAGCAGGCACUGGCGCAGGCGCAGGCGCAGGUCAAUCUCAGUUCCCCGCGCACGAGAAUCCGCGAGUCUGGCUUCUUUCUUCCGGCGAUUCGGCCAUAGGGAUAUCGCUGACACGCCAGAUACUCGCGCAUGGCGACUAUGUGGUUUGCGGCCGGUCCCCGGUAGACUCUGAGAAACGGAAUCCCAGGCUCGUCGCUUUUGAGAGCUUCCUCGAAGAGCUGGAGAAUGCAGAGGCCGGGAAAGAUACCGGCGGGUGGAAAGAGAGGCUGGCGGUGGUGACCCUUGAUAUCAGGGUGAUGAGCGACUGUCAAGCUGCUAUUGCUGGUGCUAUAGGCAAAUACGGGAGGAUUGAUAUCAUUCUCUGCUGUACCAGCCAAGCUGUCGUUGGAUCUGUCGAGGAGCUUGCAACCUCUGAGCGUGCGAGGAUGCUAUUAAAAGACCAGUUUGAAACAAAUUACUUUGGACCCGUGAACUUAAUCAAAUCGGCUCUCCCGCAGAUGCGACUCCAGAGAUCCGGUCAUCUCAUGGUUCUGGGUGGAAUAACUGGACAUAUUGGUACACCGGGCCUAGGGGUAUACUGCGCUGCAGAAUGGGCAUUAGACGGCUAUUGUGACAGUCUCGCAUACGAGGUGGCACCGUUCAAUAUCCGAAUUACAAUCCUCCAAAGUAGCGUUGAGACCGGAGUACUGUCCAACCUGGUCACCAGCGUGCCACCGCUCGCGGCCUACUCACCAACCCAGAACCAUGCACCCCUUUUCCGAGGAAUUAUGAACAGCGUCCUCUCCCAGCUCCCGGGUGUGAGCGGGUACGGCCGGUCACCGCAUCUCUCUCCGGCAUCACAGGCAUCGACCUCAUCUCCCGGUAGCGUGAAGCAGGAGUCGUCAAAGGAGAGUAACGAGCAUACCUUGCCUCUCUCGUCGCCGAACGGUGUCUCGCUAUAUCCGCCACUUGGGUCAGAGCAUCUAGAAAUGCUAAUGGCAGAAACUAUGCACGCAGUCACCGCGAUUGGAGGCCACGAGAACCCGCCAGCACGGCAUAUCGUUGGUGCAGAAUCUGUGGCGUGCGUCAAGGAAAAGCUAAAGACUGUCAGCGAGGAGCUGGAAGACUUUAUCGAGUGUAGCUGUGCCGUGGAUAUAAAUAGCACAGAGAGCCCAACGAGGGUCACGAACGAGGAGACCGUUGCUCAGGUAGAGGCCUGA